GGACUUCUCCGGUCAAUACCGUUUGACCGAGUGGUGAUCCUUCUUAAAUACGACAAGCUGGGCAAACGCAAACUGUACACAAGCCUUCUCCCUUGUACAGGAGAUGAGAACGAAGGGGAGAGAGCUUUGUUACCGUAGUUUUCAUCACUUUCAAAAGGAUGAAACAACCCUCAAGAGGAAAACAGAUUUCGCUGUAGAGGUUAUCCUUGACCGGAAAAGGGCGAGAACGCCGCCGGUUGCCGUUGGAAAAUCUGAUUUUUUUGAUGGAUUGCCUGAUGACCUUAUAGUUUGUAUCCUCUGCAAGCUCAGUUCCACCGCUGAAUGUCCUUCCGAUUUUAUCAAUGUUCUUAUUGCGUGCAAGAGACUGAACAGUUUGGGUCUUCAUCCUCUCGUAUUGUCGAAAGCCUCUCCAAAAGCGUUUUCCGUCAAAGCCAAAAACUGGUCUGAAUCGUCUCAUCGAUUCUUAAAACAGUGUGCAGAUGCCGGCAACAUAGAAGCUUGUUAUACCCUCGGCAUGAUCCGUUUCUAUUGCUUACAGAACCGAGGGAACGGAGCUUCGCUGAUGGCUAAAGCUGCCAUCAGCUCGCACGCUCCAGCGCUUUACUCGCUUGCCGUCAUCCAGUUCAACGGCAGCGGCGGGACCAAGAACGACAAGGACCUAAGAGCCGGCGUCGCACUCUGCGCCCGAGCUGCCUUCCUGGGUCACAUCGAUGCCAUCCGCGAACUAGGCCACUGCCUGCAAGACGGCUAUGGUGUCCGGCAAAACAUCGCCGAGGGGCGCCGAUUCCUCGUCCAAGCCAACGCCCGUGAACUCGCAUCUGUACUGUGUUCCGCCACGUCAUCGUCUCCGUCGUCGCGCCUGUGGCUGACUUGGCAACCUCAGAGGUAUCAUCACCAUCAAGUUACGGGUGCGGGAUGUCCGUUACUCAGCGAUUUCGGGUGCAACGUGCCUGCACCUGAGGCGCACCCCGCAAGCCAGUUUCUGGCAGAGUGGUUCGCGUUGCGGGGGGGAGUGCCGGGCCCGGGGCUUCGGCUUUGCUCUCACUCUGGGUGUGGUCGGCCGGAAACGAGGCGACACGAGUUCCGUCGUUGUUCGGUGUGUGGAGCGGUGAACUACUGUUCCCGCGCGUGUCAGGCUCUGGAUUGGAAGUUGCGUCAUAAGGCGGAGUGCGCGCGCAUAGAGCAGUGGUUUGAUGGCGAUAUGGACGGUGAGGAAGAAAUAAUCGGCGUUGAGGAUGAGGAGGAAGAAGAGGAAGAGGAAGAGCAUGCCACCGAUGAGAGUUAAGGGGGUGACGGUGACUGAAAUUCAGUAUAGUACUUUGAGUGAGCCUCUGUGGAAUUAAUUUAAGUGUUUUAGUUUGGUAAAUAGAGAGGGUUUUCCCCCGGUUUGCUUUUUGGGUUUUCCUUCCGUUUCCCUGACUUUGUAUAGACUAUAGAUAGAUUUAUUGAGGGAGAUUAUUUUUGGAAAUCGGCUGCGAUCGAGGGUUUCAUUUUGUACCAUAGAAGAAGAUAACUUGGCAAGGUUAUUCUCGGAAAAUUGGAAUAGUACAAUUUCUUUGAUUAUCUUCUA